AUGGUUUACAAUGAUCGCGGAACAGGUCCACUCUACUUUUAUAAUGUACCGAAAAAUGGUGCUACACUUACAGGUCAAGGGUACAGACCAUACUACGGCUUUGCAUGGACUGGCUACGUUGUUAAAAUAGAUCCAGAUCAAGAAAACACAUUUAACGCGACUAGACUUCUUCCUGGUC